AUGCUGCGGGAGCACUCCCACGGCGCGAACUAUAGCAGCAGCGUUCACUGGGCGGCCGUGCUAGACAGCAUCUCCGAGCUCAUUGACCACUGCGAAGAGAAGGAAAAGGAGAAAAAGCCAGCCCCACAUGACACCCCAAUGCCAUCACAACUUCCCGGCCCCCGUCUGCUCUAUGAACCCGUCAAGGUCACCAAAACCGACAUAUUGACAUCAAUGCCGGCUCGGCCCAUGGUCGACCGCAUGGUUGCGCGUUACUUUAAUGCGCUGGGAAUUGCGCCAGCUAUCCUCCACAGCGCCCAGUUCCUCCGACAGUACGAGAGCUUUUGGAGGGACCCAGUGGGCACGCCAUUUAUCUGGAUUGGCCUUUUGUUCAGCGUCAUCUGUCUCGCCACGCAGUUUCAGCAACCGGGCGAGGAAUUAGCUGAGGCAUCCUCGCUCAUGCAUAUCCACCAAUUCCACGAACGAAUCGUCCAGUGCCUGGUCCUGGGCCAAUACACUAGGGGCGGGCCAUAUGUCGUCGAAACCAUGAUCAACUACUGUGCCAGCGAGCUUUGCAUCACGAAGGACACCGACGUCGGCCCAUGGCUACCCCUGGGCAUCAUGGUCCCGCUCGCCGUGAGCCAAGGAUACCACCGAGACCCAGCGGGCUUCCCCAACAUAUCCCCUUUUGUCGGAGAGAUGCGGCGGCGCGUGUGGGCGGCCGUAGUGCAGAUGGACCUACGACUUUCCAACCAGAUGGGCCUGCCGCACCUCCUCAAGUCGACGCAGUGCAACACAGCAGAGCCACGCAACCUGUUCGACUGUGACUUCGACGAGGACACGGUCGAGUUACCCCCGUCCCGACCGGAGACUGAGAUCACGCCGGUGCUCUACUCCUUAGCCAAGAACAGGAUCGAUAAGAUCGGUGGUCCUAUCAGCGACAUGGCCGCCGACGCCCGCGGCUGCCCCUACACAGAUAUUAUGGCUCUAGAUAGGCAGCUACAGGAGGUAGAGACGUCACUACCGACCAUCUUCCGCUGGCAACCGCUCAGCCAAUCCUUCAUGGUGCCGCCGCAGGUCCUCAUGUUCCGCAUCUGGCUCCGGCUCGCCGUACUCCGGCUUGUCAUCUGGCUGCACCGCAAAUACCUCGCCCCCUCGUACAGCGAUGCACGCUACGAGUACUCCCGCAGCGCUUGCGCGCGAGCAUCCAUGGAGAUCCUCGAAUUUCAAGUGCUGCUGAACGAUGAAACGCGAGCCGGCGGCCAACUCCACCAGACGCGCUGGAUGCAGUCCUCUCUGAUGCACUCGACCUUUCUGUUGGGCAUGAGCGUGGCAUGCUACUAUAUGCAGCUCACCAGAACCGCGCUUCCGGAGGAGGCUCCGAACCUGGAAAUGCGCUCGCGAAUCCGGGACCUGCUCCGCGACACGUACCCACUCUGGCUGCGCUGCAGCGCCGGGUCCCGGGACGCGCGCGAGGCUGCUGAACGGCUGCGCCAGCUUCCGGAUCUGCAAGGCCACUUGAUGGAGGUGGAGGGCCAGGUGGCUGGGCAGGAGGCACCCCUUUCGGCGGUGCCGGCCUACUGGGAUAUUUUUCACCAGGGUACGGGUAGGCAUCAUGCAUUAGACGCGGCUCUGAUAGCCCAAGCCCAGCUCGGGGCGGCCGCUGAUUCAGACGUGGGCUUGGGACCCGUGAGCAACGGCCCCUCUGCGUUUGGUGGGAACUUGGCGUGGGAUGGGGAGGGUUUCUCGUUUCAUGGCCAGCAUGGGGAUGAUCGGUAG